AGCUGCCAAGCUAAACCCAGCCAGUUCUAGACUUUCUCUUAAACCAAGAUAACCAAAUAACAGAAAACAAUCUCCUCGAAAAGCAGGAAAACUUCAUCAAGAAAAAAGGAAGAUGAAGCCUCUCCCUGAAAAAGCUCUCCCUGGGAAAAUCCCAGAGGAAAAACCUUUUCAGGGGAAACCAUCUCAAGAGAAACCUCCCUCGGCGAAACCAACUGAAGAGAAAUCUCCUUUGGCGAAACCUUCUCAUGAGAAACCCCCCUCUGCGAAACCAUCUCAGGAAAAACCCCCCUCUGCGAAACCUUCUCAUGAGAAGCCCCCCUCUGCGAAACCUACUCAAGAGAAACCUCCUUCGGCGAAUCCAACUCAAGAGAAACCUCCGUCGGCGAAACCAACUGAAGAGAAAUCUCCUUUGGCGAAACCUUCCCAUGAGAAACCCCCCUCUGCAAAACCUUCUCAGGAAAAACCCCCUUCUGCGAAACCAACUCAAGAGAAACCUCCUUCUGCGAAACCAACUCAAGAGAAACCUCCUUCUGCGAAACCUACUCAAGAGAAACCUCCUUCUGCGAAACCAACUCAAGAGAAACCUCCUUCUGCGAAACCUACUCAAGAGAAACCUUCUUCUGCGAAACCAACUCAAGAGAAACCUCCUUCGGCAAAACCUACUCAAGAGAAACCUCCUUCAGCGAAACCUCCUCAAGAGAAACCUCCUUCUGCGAAACCAUUUCAAGAGAAACCUCCUUCUGCGAAACCAACUGAAGAGAAAUCUCCAUCUCUGAAACCUGUGGAAGUAAAGCUUGCUCAGGAGCUCCCUGCUAAAGAUAAACUUGCGGAUGAGAUUCCAGUAAAGGAGAAACUCCCUCAGGUAAACCCAGUUCAGGAGAAGGCAGGAUCAGGGAAACCUGGUUUAGAAAAAUCAUCUCAAGAUGAAUCUGGUCAGGAAAAACUGGCUUCGGUUCAGGACAACCCUGGCUCGGGGAAACCUGAUUUAGAGAAAUCUAUCAAGGAGAAGCAACUCCAGGAAAAAGUAAAUCAGGUUGAGGAAACCCCUGCUCUGGAGAAAUCUUGCCAAGAUAAACCUGUUCCAGGGAAACCUAUUCAGGAGAAACCUGGUUUAGAGAAACCAGAUCAGGAGAAGAUCGCCCAUGUUCCAGAGAAACCUGCUGCAAAACAAGCCUCUCCAGCUAAACCAGCUUCAGGCAAACCUUCUCCAAUUAAACCCGCAUCUGGGAAGCUCACAGUGGGUAAACCCGCCUCGGGGAAGCCUGAAUCUGGGAAACCAGGAAAACGCAGUUAAAUGUAUAAGGUGAGAAUUUCUGGA